AGCGCCAUCUGCUCGCCGCGCCGCCUUCUGCUCCUCCCGCCACCGCCCUGAGUCACUGCCUGCGCAGCUCCGGCCGCCUGGCUCCCCGUGCUAGCCACUGAUAUUUGGCGCUCAUACAACAUGGCAGACAUCGACAACAGAGAACAGUCUGAACUUGAUCAAGAUUUGGAUGAUGUUGAAGAAGUAGAAGAAGAAGAAACUGGUGAAGAAACAAAAAUCAAAGCACGUCAGCUGACUGUUCAGAUGAUGCAAAAUCCUCAGAUUCUUGCAGCCCUUCAAGAAAGACUUGAUGGUCUGGUAGAAACACCAACAGGAUACAUUGAAAGCUUGCCUAGGGUAGUUAAAAGACACGUGAAUGCUCUCAAAAACCUUCAAGUUAAAUGUGCACAGACAGAAGCCAAGUUCUAUGAGGAAGUUCAUGAUCUUGAAAGAAAGUAUGCUGUUCUCUAUCAAUCUCUCUUUGAUAAGCGAUUUGAGAUCAUUAAUGCCAUAUAUGAACCUACAGAAGAAGAAUGUGAAUGGAAACCAGAUGAGGAAGAUGAAAUUUCGGAGGAGCUAAAAGAAAAGGCCAAGAUUGAAGAUGAGAAAAAGGAUGAAGAAAAAGAAGACCCCAAAGGAAUUCCUGAAUUUUGGUUGACCGUUUUUAAGAAUGUUGACUUGCUCAGUGAUAUGGUUCAGGAACAUGAUGAACCUAUUCUGAAGCACUUGAAAGAUAUUAAAGUGAAAUUCUCAGAUGCUGGUCAGCCUAUGAGUUUUGUCUUAGAAUUUCACUUUGAACCCAAUGAAUAUUUCACAAAUGAAGUGUUGACAAAGACAUAUAGGAUGAGGUCAGAACCAGAUGAUUCUGAUCCUUUUUCUUUUGAUGGACCAGAAAUUAUGGGUUGUACAGGGUGCCAGAUAGAUUGGAAAAAAGGGAAGAAUGUCACUUUGAAAACCAUUAAGAAGAAGCAGAAACACAAGGGACGUGGGACAGUUCGUACUGUGACCAAAACAGUUUCUAAUGACUCUUUCUUUAAUUUUUUUGCCCCUCCUGAAGUUCCUGAGAGUGGAGAUCUGGAUGCUGCUGCUGAAGCUAUCCUUGCUGCGGACUUUGAAAUUGGUCACUUUUUACGUGAGCGCAUAAUCCCAAGAUCAGUGUUAUACUUUACUGGAGAAGCUAUUGAAGAUGAUGGUGAUGAUUAUGAUGAAGAAGGUGAAGAAGCGGAUGAGGUAAUGUUUACCAAAUGAGCAAAUAAUUCUGUUUAACACAUUGAGAAGCAAAUUGAGUGACUUAUGUAUUCCUUUGCUAUAAAUCAUUACUCUGUGAUAUGGGAUAAAAAUGUUUUUGG